UAAUGCAGUGGAGAAGAACGUCUACGUCAUUUUCACAAUGGCGGAGGCAGGCUGAGGAACGGUGUGUGUGUGGAGAAACGGCUCGCAAUCGUUCCAGGGUUACGUUGCAUCGCCCCAAGUCGUGCACGGUGCCCCAAAAUGGCCCUAAACCCCAGCACAAUGGGGAAAAGGGAGGCGGAUUAUAGCGAUGCGGGCAGCCUACAGCAGGAAGGCGGCGAGCCACAGAAGACUUCAGCCGCCACCUCGGCCAACCAAAAUGGCGACCAGCCUGGCUGUGGAGACGGUGUAAUACCCGAGCAAGAAGCCCCUGAGCGGCACAACAGCGUGCAGGCGGACGCCCGGAGCUGGAGCGGCUCGCCCACGCCGGGCCAGAGACAAAGCGAGGAGCGGCCUCGGAAAGCUUUUCAAAUCCCGAGGAAGAAGAAAGAACGGAAAGGUUUGUAUCAGCUUCUGGCGCCUGACAGCCGUGAGUUUGAGGACCUUGUGAAGCUCCUCUCCUCUUUUUACCUGGAUGCAUCAUCAAGAGGAAGUUUCUCCUACUGCAAAGCCAGGCUCCUUCACAAUGAACUGCUGGAGAAAGAGUUCAUCGAGAAACGGAGAGAGAUGAAGCAAGAAGGGCGGACGGAACAAGAGCUGGCAGAAUCUUACUGCUUCUUGUACCCGGACAAAUCCAAGCUUCAGUGGAUCUGCGAGAAGGGUUUGUCAGUGGGACACUCCAGGAUAACAACAGUUGGAAAUCCAUCAGUGGGCGUUUAUCUCUCCAAAUUCUCUGAUUUGUUACAAAUCAAUCCAUUUGAAGUUGGUUCAGUUGGAGACAUGAUCAUUUUUAAAGUUAUGAGGGGAAGAGUAAAGCACAUCCAUGAGAACAUGCCAAGCAAUGCUAAGGAACCGGCAACCAAGUUUGACUGUCAUUUGUCCAAAAGUGCCAAUAGGGUUACAUCUUUGCUGUCUUACAGAGCAUUUGAGCUCACACAGCAAUAUUUUUUUGAGUUUGCGUUUGAUGAAAUUAAAGCUCGGCCCAGGCACGUGUGCCCCUACGCUGUGGUUUCCUUUCAGUAUAAAGGCAAAGAUGCUGCAGCGACCUCUUUAACUACACACAGGCUUGGCGUAGUUUCAUCUGAAGGAAAUCGAGGACGACGCUGCUAUUCCGUGUGGAGUGGUCCACUGGUAACCAAGGGCCAGGAAUUAUUCCCAAUCCGUUUACGAUCGUCCUCACGGCCCUACCUUCCUUUCAAACUUCCUGAGAAGCUUGAGGUGAAUCAAGGCAUGCAGCUUGACCAGGUGAAGAGAAAGAUUCCAGCGGUACUCUUCUCUUGGGACACCUACAGUGCAUCACGGGAAGUGAUGAAGUAUGGGAUGUCAUGCAGCCUUUUUGAGGUUGUAGAAGGAAAAGGAAAACCGACCAGUGGCAGUCUGGUAGCACUGAUAAAUAAACUGGAGAAAGACAGGAUGGUGCUGGUGAAGUCCCUGUUUGACCGGGGCUUUCUCUUCCUGCUGUCCUCAGCACAGAUGGUGGAGUCCAAAGAACGGCGGGGGCGGGUUGAAAAGAGCCUGCAAGCAAUAUUCCUCUUUCACGAGUCAAGGGCGGUUUUCAAGUAUUCAUCCCGACUAUCUGAGCCAGAGCCAUUGACAACAGAGUCACACACUAAUCUCAAAUCUUUGGAACGUUUCAUCCCUGCCUUGCAUUAUGCCUUUUUCACAUUGCGCCCAAACCCAGGCAAGGACCCGAGUUCUGGUGUGGAGCGACAAGCCACGGACUAUUUAAGUCGCGUACACUCAGGAAGAGUGCGGCCAUUCAUCUUGCCUGACUACAAAUAUCAUGUGGAUGACAGGCCAUACACGGUUCCUUUACCCAGGCCCAAAGGGAACAUGGACGCCUUACUGCGUUCUUACAUUCACAACCCUUCCAACUAUACUUUACCUGUGAACAAGGCAAGGGACAUCAUUGAACAAAUAAGCAACCCCACACCUGUAGCUGCCCCAGUCCCUGUAGAAUACAGUCCUGUUUCUGACUGGGGUGGCUCUGACCGCUCUGAGAGACUGUCAGAAAGGCCACCAGCAGAACGACUUGCACAGGAGAAGUCAGCUCCAGACCCCAACAGACAGGGGCCAGGGUUGGCCCGUUCGAAUGGUGCCCAGUUGCAGCCCGAGUCCCACACUGAAUCCCAGCCCCAACCGCAACCUCCAAAGGUGCAGGUGUCACAGAGCGAAUACGAUAAAGACAAAAUGAAGCAGUUACUUAAACUGAUCCAACUCCAUAAGAAAGCAAUAGUCAAGGGUACUGGGAGGGAAAAAGAGGACGGAGCUUGCGAGUCCAACAACCUCAAGAGGAAAUUUGAAGGCGAUGAACGGGGGGAGAAGAACAAACAUCAACGCAUAGAUCUGUUGAGCAAUGGCGAACCCAGCAGGGGGGUCCCAGUAGGAGAAGACGGUGGACAGAGUGAAAAUCUGACUGCAGUCAUGGAAAGCAUGGGGAUCUAUGACACUGACCUGAGGGCUUGUGGCAACACCAAUACAACAGCAGUUCACGAGACGCAGCGUCUCCUCAAGAUACUGCUAUCCACUCUCAACAAAGCCGUUGCUCAGGGAUCAAUAUCUGUGAAGUCGAACCAUGGUGAGCAGUCAACAGGUCCUGAAAGGGUGGAGCCUGCUUUUCCACCCUCAGAUUUUGCCAAACAAAAUGAACCUUCUUUACAAACAAACUACACGGAGGAGGAUAUGGACUGUAGCCCUGGAAGUCCUUUCACUGCAGGCUCUCCAUUAGACCAAACUCAAACGUCAGCUAGCACAACCUGUGCCAUACCCACAAAUGAAGGUAAAUUCUUUUUUUAUUGUAAAACUCUUUGGAUGUUGUCGUCUGAGUAUCACUGUGACAAGUUUCCACUCUGCUACCCUCCAGAAAAAAUACAGUCCCUUCCUGAGCCUAAGCCAGAAUCAGAGGCAGAGGCAGAGGCUGUGACGAUAGAGAGCAUAGAGCCGAAGAUGCCCCCUGCAAUCGAUGUCAAAAAGGUGGCUGCACCACCGACAUUACCAUUAGCAGAGGAAGUUACCUUCAGGCCCUCUAUCAGCUUGGAGACCAUACUCAACCAGGAAAUUCACAGCCUCACUUCUGACAUUAAAAACAUCAUGCAGAGUCACUGCAUCACUUACACCUUGCAGCUACCUCCACGGCUACCUCUGCACAAUUCCUGGCAGCACAAUAGCUGCUUUUCAGACUUUGUUGGACAGCAAGGCACUCCUUUGUCCGUGCAGGAGCAUGUCGAAGCACUUUGUGAGCAGAUGGAAAAGUUCAUCCCAGUCCCACCUGUUCCCCCCAAGGCCUCUACCCCAGAGCCGGCCGAGACGACAUCUGAUUUAACAAUGCCAUCGGCCAUGCAAACUGCCAAGCCUGAGGUACAGCCCCCCACGAUGAAUACUGACUCCUCUCAGAGUAGUAAACAAGAUACUACUGUUCGAGAAACUAUCGAACCAAAGGCUAAAUCUGAUAAAGUUUCAGCAGAGAUUGGAGAAGAGGCAUAUUCUCCCUCCCAGAUCCCCCCAGAGCCAUCAGAUAAAUCCCAAAAGUCCGGCUCUGCUCCUUCCUCCAGUGCUGUUCCUAGCGCCAGCGCUGAUACCGGACUCCUGCCAGGCAGCCUCAUUGGUCAGCUAAAACCUGAAGUUUUCAGCAGCUUGGUGGAGGUCUUUAAGUCUGUCACCAAGAAUACGGUGAAGUUCUACAUCUACACCGGCGAUGAGGGAGAGGAGAGUACUGUCUGCAAGGAGAUAAAGGAAUACUUGAAAAGUCUUGGCAAUAGCGAGUGCACCCCGCAGAUGUUUUUGGAAAACAGCAGCAGUCUAGACAAACUGCUCAUCAUCAUUCAAAACGAGCACAUUGCUGCACAUGUGCACAAGAUUCCAGCGCUGGUGUCGUUGAAAAAGUUGCCCUCAGUGAGCUUCGCUGGUGUCGACAGUCUGGAUGAUGUCAAGAACCACACUUACAAUGAACUGUUUGUGUCUGGAGGUUUGAUGGUGUCGGAUGAGUUUGUCCUUAAUCCUGACCUCAUCACACAGGAUCGCUUGCAAACACUGCUGAAUUUCUUGGAGGAACAAAGUACCCCAGAACAACCCUGGCAGUGGAAGGUGCACUGCAAGUCACAGAAGAAGCUUAAAGAAAUGGGCCGGUUGAACACCAAUGCAAUGGGGCUCCUAAACCUUCUGACAGCCUAUCAAAAGAAGCACCUUGUAGAGUUCCUUCCUUACCACGAGUGCGACGCCCAGUCACGCCAAGCUCCAGAUCUCGAAUGUCUGAUUAAGCUUCAAGCUCAAAACACACAACAGCGGCAUCUCAUCUUUGUCACAGAGAGGCCCUUUGAAAUGUUCCUACAGUAUUCCAGAAAUGGAAUAAUGAUUGCAAGCAUUGAUGAUAUUAUGAGCGCUUUCCACAGCCUGAUUGGCUCCAUCAACCAAAAUGAGCUUCCAACGCCGCCUUCUACUGUAGUGAAUGAUGAGUGUGAGGGAGAGGAAGACAUGUCAUUAGACUCCGAUGAUGGUGAGACGCCCACCGUCAUCGAUGGCAAACAACAGAAUCCGGAAGCUGACAAUGUGAAGCCACCACAGCCGCCCCUUCCAAACACGGAUGAGUUCCGUCCACCGCUACCCGACCAUCAGGCCACCCCUGAUGGAUCUCCGCCACAGUCUGACUACAGUGCUCUCAAAACCGCCAUCUCUCAGUUCAAAGCUACAAACCAGUUAGGGAUUGGCUCCUCGGACCUGGGAAACUCGUCUCCUGGAGGUUUUCCUGUGAAUCCCCACCAAAGUUUCUUGUGUCCCUCCGCUUCGUGGUCUUCUUACACGGGCUCGUCUAGUUAUGCAGCCUCCCCAGCCUAUCCCGCCUCACCCUGCAGCAGCAACCAAGAACAGGAGUACCGGCCCCCAGCCACAGUCUCAACCACAACUACUCCCCCUUCUGUCAGCGCCACAGCAGGACCUCUCGCCAAUCUGGCUUCCCUCCCUUUAGAGGUCAAACCUCCUCCUCCGCCUCACCUCAUGAUGCUUGGCCACACAUAUGGCACGGACCCCUCAGGGGCUGGAGCUCCUGGGACUCCUCCGCUCACCCCUGCCCUCCCCUAUAUAGACAACAGUGACACAGUCAAGCAAAGUUACAUGACUGGUGUUCCCGUAAGUGCUAGUUGUACCCCUGCACAACAUGCAGACAGGACACUCGGUGGACCCACGGAGGGGGGUUGGGGGCCGCCAGGGACCAGCACUUUGAAGACUGCAAGCAAUCAGGUUGCGGUUCCACCUGGCCCAGUUGAGCCCACUGUACUGCCCAAGAGCGGGGAAGUCGUUGGUGGUAGCAACCCCGGUUCUCAGAGUGGAAGGACUCAAGUGAAUUGCACUGAGAAAGCUGGAGCUUCUGUAGGUGUUCCCACAGUAGCCAGCAGAGGGGGCUCAGUAGUCAGACCUAAAUUUCCUCCACAGUCAAUGUGUGGCGUGGGCUAUGGUAAUGUAGGCAGAGGCAUGCCUCCACAGAUGAAUCAUGGGCCAAUGCGCGGUGCUAUGGGUCCUGGGGUAUUCCGGGGGAGAGGAGUUCCUCCAGUCGGACUUUGGCCACGACCAGGGCCUGGACACGAACGGAUGGAUGGGCCUGGAGGUGAUCCUUGCUCUUGGGGUUACCCAACAGGCAGGGGUGGGGCACAAAAUUACUACACGGACUACACAUACUCUCAUAAUUAUGCCCCUAAGUAGACAAUCGAGUUGUUUGAAGGGGCAACAUAAAUGUCCUCCUCCAGAGACUAUUAGAACUGGCUGAAUGUAUAUAUAGUUCCUUGUCAUAAUUGUUGAUUUGAAUUGGUAAAUAAGGAUCCUGGUUUUCUACAUUAAUAAAGAUUGAUACAGGCAGUGCCGAGUGUCCUACUGUCGUGUAAACUGUAUGCACUCUUUCCAUGUGAGCUGUUAAGACACCCAGUUCAAACCACUAUAUUUAUAUUUGCCAACAAAUACUAUUGGCCUUUCAGCUUUUCUGAAUUUACCCUGUAAUUUCUGUUUAUUCUGCUUUUGAAACGGUUCGUGAACAAGGGGAAAGGAUAUUUUUUUAAUUAAACAAAAAUAAUCAAGUGAGUAAAGUUUCACUUGCUGUUUUUCUUUUAUUUCAUGCAUUUGGCUGUCCUAAAUUCUAUCAAAUAAAACAUUUCAAAUAUU